ACGAACGCUGGACACUGAGAGUGGAAGGAAACGCACCAAUGAGAGCGAGAGAGAGAGAGAGCAUUCGAGUGUUGUUGAGAGAAAAUUAUUCCACGAGUACUCGGCCAGGACUCGUACCGCGUGUCCUUUUCUGCUCUUCGUUAUCAACGACCAGCGGGAGGAACAGAAACGCUGAUUACUUCACCAAACGGCUGAUUGACAACACGCUCGACUCCAGCUAAAGUGCUUUCGUGAAGGAUUUAACGAUUGAAAGAUUCCCGACAUUAAGUGGCGAAGACACGUGAGAGAAAUCGAUUUGUUGCGCCCGUGACUACUGCUUUGCCAUCCAUUUACCCGUCAAUCAAGGGAAAAUCAGUGAAAUUAGCAAAAAAAACCGAGAACCCAUCGUUCCCCCGACAGAAGAGAGCUGUUUGCGAGUUGUGUCAUUUUUUCGGCAGGAUCACAAUAAUCAAUACUUACUUGCGACCGCGUAACACUCGCUUGCACCGAAAACGCAAAGGUUAAUAACCUGGCGGGUGGAAGGAAAAGCGUUUAAAGUUCGUAACUGUGUCCAUCCCAGUGCCUCAGUGCCGUAGUAUCAACGUCCAGUACUUGUAACAGUGCAGCAGCGGCUCUACAUUGCAAAAGUAACAUAGUUAGGCGGAGGUUAAAAGAUGAACAUCUCUCGUGUAUGUGUGAAUUUACAAAACUUAACACAUCACCUACCGUGUGGCGCUGGUGCGAGCGUGCUGGGAUAUAGGUCGAUUCCGGGCAUCCAUGCAACCUCCGGCAUUGAUGUAUCAUCGCGCGUUCGGCGUGAUUCGGCAGCAUCCUUCAGCGCCAGACGCAGAUUGUGGACAACGACUGCACGCUCCCAAAGCCAGAAGGCUCACUUCUACAAUGUCGACCGUAAGCGACCACCACCGCAGGCAGAUGAGCAACGUGAUACGGAUAAGAAGCACUCCGAGGAUCAACUGUUUAACAUGUUCAAAAACAAGGAGACGAACACGGUCAACAUGGGAAAGUUUCUCGCGGAAUUGCGAACGAUCGGCAUCCGGCGGACGGAUCCCCGCAUCCAGGAGCUGAUGGACAAUCUGAAGCGUGUGCACAAGCUGAACAACUACGAACACGGCUCACCGCACACCCAGCACCUGAACGAGGAAACGUUCAAAGCCGUUAUCGCCCCGAACAUUGUGCUGAUCGCGCGCGCAUUCCGCCACCAAUUCGUCAUACCCGACUUCCAGGGCUUCACCAAGGACAUUGAGGAAAUCUACUGGAAGUGCAAAAGCAACGCCGACGGUAAGGUGGCCAACUACAUCCCCCAGCUGUCGCGCGUCAAUCCCGACUACUGGGGCGUGAGCGUGUGCACGAUCGAUGGGCAGCGCUUCUCGAUCGGUGACACCUCGGUACCGUUUACGCUGCAAAGCUGCAGCAAGCCGCUAACGUACGCGAUCGCGCUCGAGAAGCUGGGAGCGCAGGUGGUCCACCAGUACAUUGGGCAGGAGCCGAGCGGCCGCAACUUCAACGAGCUGGUGCUGGACUACGAAAAGAAACCGCACAACCCAAUGAUCAAUGCCGGGGCGAUCCUCACCUGCUCCCUGCUCAAGACGCUCGUCCAUCCGGAGAUGACGCUGGCGGAGAAGUUCGACUACGCGCAGACCUGGUUCAGCCGGAUGGCGGGCAACGAGCCGCUCGGCUUCAACAAUGCCGUGUUCCUGUCCGAACGGGAGGCGGCCGAUCGGAACUACGCGCUCGGGUUUUACAUGCGCGAGCACAAAUGCUACCCGGAGAAGGCGAACCUGCGCGAGUGCAUGGACUUUUACUUUCAGAUCUGCUCGAUGGAGGCCACCUGCGAUACGCUCUCGGUCGUGGCGGCUACCCUCGCGAACGGUGGCAUCUGUCCGCUGACGGAGGAGCGCGUCCUGCAGUCGGAGAACGUGCGCGACGUCCUGUCGCUGAUGCAUUCCUGCGGCAUGUACGACUUUAGCGGUCAGUUCGCGUUCAAAGUGGGCCUGCCGGCCAAAUCGGGCGUGUGCGGCGGUGUGAUGCUGGUCAUUCCGAACGUGAUGGGCAUGUUCAUGUGGUCACCGCCGCUCGAUCCGCUCGGCAACAGCUGCCGGGGCGUACAGUUCUGCAAGGAGCUGGUGGACGUGUUCAACUUCCAUCUGUACGACAACAUUAAGCACGGCUCGAACAAGAAGGACCCACGGCGCCACCGGUACGAAACGAAGGGCCUGUCCGUGGUGAAUCUACUGUUUUCCGCUGCGAUCGGUGACGUCACUGCGCUGCGCCGUCACAAGCUGUCCGGCAUGGACAUUACGCUGUCGGAUUACGAUGGCCGAACGGCACUGCAUCUGGCCAGUGCGGAGGGACACUACGAGUGUGUUCGGUUUCUGCUGGAGCACUGCGGUGUGCCGCACGAUCCGAAAGAUCGCUGGGGCAACCGACCGAUCGAUGAGGCGGAAACGUUCGCCCACGAGGACGUUGUAACGCUGCUGCGCCAGUGGGAGGAGAAGGUACAGAAGGCGCAAACGUGCGAAGCUAGCGAAACCGGAUACAACUCCGACCAGGACAGCGAUGCGUCCAGUGGCAAAGGUACGAAAGGUCCGGCCGGUUCACCGAUGUUGCCCUAAGAGCUACGCCCCAAAUCACCUGUCCGUGAGGCAAAACGAAACCUACGACAAUAAUUACUGCACUGCGAUAGCGGGAAGGGAGUAUCAUCCGCCUCAUGUGUGUACGGUUUGUUUUUAAUGUAUCCAUCAGCAAUUAGGAAUAUUCGAUCGUUCGUGUACUCUUUCCGGCGUCAUCAUACUAUAUCAUACUGUGCUUGCGUGUCUGUGUAUAGCGUGCAUCGGUUUAAUUAAUGCAUGUCAAUUAUUCUGUAUCGAUAGCUGUAACAAAACCAGUCAACUAAAUAACUAGCGUUUAAUUCCUGCCAAUCGAAUCGAAUCCAAUAAAGCAAGCGACUUCGAAAGGAGACUGCGAUUUCGGCUGCAAA